AAUUUCUGGCAUUCCAUUUUACCUGUACCUUUCGACUUUGAGCCACAUAAAGCCCUACUCUUCUUUUACCUGUCGUUUCAAGUUUUUGUUUUUUGUUUUUUCGGUUGACGAUUAAAACGUUGGGGAAAGGGAUUGGAAACACGUUUGGAGUUCCGGCAGGUUUCAGAACUCAUUGGUUGGGUUCCGAAUUGGAGCAUCGACUGCUUAUUGUUGUUUUGAGAGUUGUUGGUUCUCUGCCGAGGCUUCUUGGUUGAAUCUGCAGCAUGGAAGUGUUCAAGAGGGCCAUCCUACAGCCUGGGCCACCUGAAAGUUUUGCACUACAAACAGUUCAGGAAGUUGUAAAACCUCAAAAACAAACAAAACUAGCCCAGGAUGAGAAUCAAUUGUUGGAAAAUAUUCUUCGGACUCUGCUUCAGGAACUGGUGUCAUCUGCGGUACAAUCAGGGGAGCAAAUAAUGCAGUAUGGGCAAUUGAUUGAUGAUGGGGAAACUCAGGGUCAUAUUCCUCGUCUUCUUGACAUUGUGCUGUAUCUUUGUGAGAGAGAACAUGUUGAAGGUGGCAUGAUAUUUCAACUGUUGGAAGACUUGACAGAAAUGUCUACAAUGAGAAACUGUAAAGAUAUUUUUGGUUACAUAGAGAGUAAGCAAGAUAUUUUAGGGAAGCAAGAGCUUUUUGCUCGUGGGAAACUUGUGAUGUUGAGAACGUGCAAUCAACUUCUUCGUCGUCUAUCAAAGGCGAAUGAUGUGGUGUUCUGUGGGCGAAUUCUCAUGUUUUUGGCACAUUUUUUUCCAUUAUCUGAACGUUCAGCUGUGAAUAUAAAAGGAGUUUUUAACUCAUCAAAUGAAACAAAGUAUGAGAAAGACCCUCCUGAUGGAAUAUCUAUUGAUUUCAACUUUUAUAAGACCUUUUGGAGUUUACAGGAAUAUUUUUGCAACCCUGCUUCUUUAACUCCUGCUCCUGCAAAGUGGCAGAAAUUCACAUCCGGUUUAAUGAUUGUCUUGAAUACGUUCGAAUCUCAACCAUUAAGUGAUGAAGAGGGGGACGCUAAUAACUUGGAGGAAGAAGCAGCAAAUUUCAGCAUUAAAUAUCUUACAAGCACUAAACUGAUGGGUUUAGAAUUGAAGGAUUCAAGCUUUCGACGCCAUAUUCUGGUGCAGUGCCUCAUAUUGUUUGAUUAUCUGAGGGCUCCAGGAAAGAACGAGAAAGAUUUGCCAUCUGAAAGCAUGAAAGAAGAAAUAAAAUCAUGUGAGGAGCGUGUGAAAAAGCUGCUUGAAAUGACUCCACCUAAAGGGAAGGAUUUUCUCAGUAAAACUGAACACAUAUUAGAACGAGAGAAGAAUUGGGUGUGGUGGAAACGCGAUGGUUGUCCAGCAUUUGAAAAGCAACCACUAGAGAAGAAAACAGUGCAAGAUGGAGCUAAAAAGCGUAGACCAAGGUGGAGACUGGGAAAUAAAGAACUUUCUCAGCUGUGGAAGUGGGCAGAUCAGAAUCCGGAUGCAAUGACUGAUCCUCAACGUGUCCGAACACCUUCCAUCAUGGAGUACUGGAAACCCUUGGCUGAAGACAUGGAUGCAUCAGCUGGAAUAGAAGCUGAAUAUCACCACAAAAAUAAUCGGGUUUAUUGUUGGAAAGGUCUUCGAUUUUCAGCUAGACAGGACUUGGAUGGAUUUUCUAGAUUUACAGACCAUGGGAUUGAAGGUGUUGUUCCUUUAGAACUUUUGCCACCUGACGUUCGGUCAAAAUACCAAGCAAAGCCAAACGACAAGUCUAAGCGUGCUAAGAAGGAAGAAACAAAGGGUGCUGCACCUCAAGUUGAGGACAAUCAGAUUGCUACUCCUGCAAGUGAAGUUGAUGGUGAGGGAAUCAGAGCUGAUCUUGAAGCCUCGGCAGCACAGAUGGAUAUUGAUGCCACGGCAACUGGAAAUAUAUCCCAAGGUGGCACUCCAACACCGGAUGAACAUCAGAAGCAAAGUUCCGACACUGAUGUUGUUCAAGAGGCAGGUCAGUUAGAAGCUGAUGCUGAGGUUGAGACGGGAAUGAUAGAUGGAGAGACUGAUGCUGAAGUUGAUUUAGAUGCUGUUGGCUGAUAUGGUAAGAGUUGAGGGACGUUCUUGGUUGCACUUAAAUCUUUGAUUAAAAGCAUGUGCGCAUUGUAUUUUUCCCACCACAAUGGCAAUUUUUCUGGUGUUUUUAAUGUAACUACCAGAUUUUGGGGAACA